AUGUCCUCAUCUGCCACAAGUACAACUACCACACUUCCCUCCACAAAGGGUGAAACCAGCUCUACUGGUAGUAUUUCCGUCAGGGGCGUCGGACCCAUUGAUCCCGAUCAAAAAGUCACGGUAAUUCUAAGUAUCUACAGUGGAGAGGGAGGCAAUCUCGUAUUAGCUGACUGGACAGUAACUGAUCCGCUCGCUCAACAAACGAGUACGAUCAUCCAUCGACUGCAAUGGGGAACGGCUAUAUCCUUGGGUCGUAUUGUUUACGACCCAUCACACGGAAGCUCAAAGUAUAGUGCAGAAAGUGCUCAAGAAUUCCUACAAGAGCUGGAACCUCAACUUGAGAUGCUUGACGCGGCUGAGCUUCGCUUUGAUCUGAUUUCAAGAAGAUCACUCAGCUUUUUCCAACCAGAUAAGGCCAUAUGGCAAGCUUUGAAAGACUAUACAGAAAGCUUUGAGGCUCAACUUGAAAGGCGAUCGACGUUUAUCCGAGAGAAAUAUGAUCGGUUCAAGAGUAAAGAUGAUUUUAAAUUGAGAUUCGUUGAUCGCGAAGAGUGGUGCACUGCCUGUCCACCUCAACCCGACUGCAUCACUAGGACGAUCCCCUUCAAGCUUGAUCAAGGCCGAUAUGAGAUGCAAAUGCGAACUCAGUGGGGUGAUUCUGUUGUGGGAGAUGUUUCCCAGGUCAAACAACCCAAGCCGGAGCUUGACACUGUGCUAGUUCCUGUGAUCUUUCCCACUACUCACAACGAAGACGAAACGACUGACGCCGGGCAAGGGGUCUCAGCUACGAAAGGGACCGUUGAGGAUGGGGAAGGGAAGGCCGUUGUGGCUAAAGAGAUGGAGUGA